AAACAUAAGGCUGAGGAUAGACGCGCAUGUUUCAUAUUGUGCACGGCCCUCACUCAGAGAUGUGUGCAUAAGUCACUGCGUGCGCAUGUGUUUGUUUUUACACGCUACACGCAGAGAAAACACGUUAUUUUCGGCAGUUAGCUCGUUAGCAUAGCUUAGUUAGGUUGAGUUAUAAAUGAGCUCUAAACUCAAAUUCAGCUCACAUCUUGACUGUUUUCAUUGUUUAGUCUGUAUUAAAGUAAUAAAAACGCACAGUUUGAUUUUCACCGGUUUUCACGUAGGGUGCUGCCCCAGCUUGUGAUUGGAUGACGACAUGCCACGUGUCUUUACUAUGCCACACGAGCACAUUUGAUUACCUGACAGGUUGCUCAUUUGGGCGCUGGAGGAGUCUCACUAAGGUUUCAGCUGCAGCUGCUGAUUAACCUUUGACACUUUGAACUUUUUAAUGCAUCAAGUUGGGACGGCUUUUUAACAACAAUGGCUUUGAGCUCGUUCGACAUUGACGCACCACGAUGGGAUCAGUCCACGUUUAUGGGCCGACUCAAACACUUCUUCAACAUCACAGACUGGCGAACGGCGCUCUUACCUGACUCACGUCUGGAUGAGGCCAAAGCUUUAGUAGAAAGCUGCAGGGCCGGUACCACCCCUCCCGGCACCACAGAGGAGCAGCUCCACUAUGCUAAAAAGCUGUACGACUCAGCCUUCCACCCAGACACGGGAGACCGUAUGAACCUCAUCGGCCGGAUGUCAUUCCAGGUGCCUGGAGGCAUGGCCAUCACCGGCUUCAUGUUGCAGUUCUACAGGACAGUUCCUGCUGUGGUGUUCUGGCAGUGGGUGAAUCAGUCGUUCAACGCUCUGGUCAACUACACAAACCGUAAUGCUGCCUCCCCCAUCACUCCCAACCAGAUUGGAGUCGCCUACUUUACAGCAACCAGCACAGCAUUGGCAACAGCGGUCGGACUCAACCUCUACACAAAGAAAGCUCCUCCUCUCGUGGCUCGCUGGGUCCCUUUUGCAGCGGUGGCGGCAGCUAACUGUGUUAACAUUCCUAUGAUGAGGCAACAGGAAAUUUUGAAUGGCAUCGCUGUGACGGAUGAAAAUGGCAACAAGCUGGGUCACUCUACGAAAGCUGCAGUAAAAGGCAUCACCCAGGUGGUCGUCUCUCGGGUCACCAUGGCCGCACCAGGAAUGAUUAUCCUCCCCAUCAUCAUGCAGAGGCUGGAAAAAUACAAGUUCAUGCAGAGAAUCACGUUUCUCCAUGGACCAAUUCAAGUGAUGAUGGUGGGAGUGUUUUUGAUCUUCAUGGUGCCUGCUGCCUGCUCUCUGUUCCCUCAGAGAUGCUCGAUGGCGGUGUCCAAGCUGGAGCCCGAGCUGAGAGACUCGAUCAGGUCUCAGUAUGGAGACGCUGUACAACAUGUCUACUUCAACAAAGGCCUCUGAGGCUGAGAGGGAUGAUUAGCAUUAACCGUUACGACACGCAAGACCGGAUACAUGCGUGUUUAUGUCAUUUGUCUUUAUUUUCUGAUCAUAGUCGUCUUCUAAUCAGUGUUUAAUGGUGGGAAUUUUUUUAGUCAAUCAUGUCACUUUUCCUGUUUUGCUGCAUACACUAUGUACUCCUGUUGAGAAACCAAAUGAUCUCCUCUCAGGAACAACACAUUUCUUUGUCAGAUUCUUGUUGGUUUGUCCUUCAUGGUGUGACUCGUCUGUAGUUUUUAGUGUCUUAAUAUCGGAAAACGCUCUCAAACGGUGUCUGCCGAGCUUCCUUUCAAACGGUGCCUUCUACAAAGCAGCAGGAGCAACAACACUGCUGGAUUUUCUUUUUCAAACCAAUAUCGAAUUUACUGUGAAACCAGAGAAGUACUUCUAUGCAUGAGGUGAAACGGUCCUUCAGUGCAGUGUGGAUGUUGUGAGAUAAAGGUGGAGGACACUGCCCUCUUCUGCCAGAAUGGAGGUAGAUGUAUUACGACUUAUUGGCACAAUUUAUCUGAAAUGUUUGCCGGUCGAAUCACCUCACUGUGUAAACUCAGUUUUGUGCCACAAUUCUCCAUAUAAGCUGGAAUUAAACCACAAAUAUUUGAAAUUCAA